AUGGGCCUGUUUAUCUCGCCAUUGAAGCUCUUACAGGUAGAGCAGGCCGCAAAAUUUAACGCGAUGGGGAUACCAGCGGUAGCGGUAAACGGAGACACUUGGGAUGCAGACAGCGAGAUGGCCAAGAAACUCAAGUCUGGCGCUUACCGCGCGAUCUUCGCGGGGCCAGAGAUGUGUCGCAAGCACGAACCUUUUCGUGCUUGCAUUCGCGAACUCUCAAAACGGUUCUGUGUGCUGGGAAUCGACGAAGGCCACUGUGUUUACCAGUGGGGAGGCAAAUUUCGACCCGACUACUCCCUGCUUGCCGAACUCCUCGCUCUCUUACCCAUCCGCAUUCCCAUUCUCGUUGUCUCUGCAACGAUGAAUCGUAAAUGCCUCAAGACGGUCACCGAAAAGCUUACUAUUUCCCUCAACACCUCUUUCUUUCUCAACCUCGGCAACGACCGUCCCAACAUCUCAACUUCUGUUGUCCAUAUGAACAGUUCAGAAGACUACGCAGCCCUCGAACCCUUUCUUGUCCUCAACGCCAAACGAGCGAGCGACGUUACAUCAUCACCCUUUUUCGACACAAAAAUAUAG